AUGAGGCGCUUGGUGUUUUUGUUGGCUGUGGUGCUGUGCUUCUUGCAUGGAGUCUGUGCCACGACCGCGACCGCGACAGCCAUUGCGACUUCCUCGGUUGGAGAAGGGCGAGCAUUUCAAUCUGACAGCGCUGCAGCGGUUUCUUCAACUGGGUCUUUGGAUGAGACAUCUAGUCUUGUGGUUCAGGCCAAUACGGUGACGACUCCGUCAACAUCAACAUCAACAUCAACACCAACGCCCUCGCCACCGCCCACCCAAAUCCAACAAUCCCAAUACCCAAACUCCACCGCCAUCUUCUUCCCACAACCACAACAACAGACCACCCCCUCCCCUCUCACCAAAGCUCGCAUCGUCGGCCUCGCCGUCGGACUCGCUAUAGCAGACAUACUCCUCGUAGGCCUAUGUCUCUAUUACUUCCUCCACCGGUGUCGAAACAACCUAUCCCUCCUCCGGCUUAAAAAACGGUUCGCGCGCGACAAGAACAGCAACGAAGACGUGGCCGAGUUGCGUGGGCCACCGGUGUAUGCGCAGGAGAGGGAGGAUGAGGGAGUGCAAUAUGAAGUUUAUGUUGAGCCUAGCGAGGUCCAGGGCACGAUUAGGAUAGAGGAACAGGGAAGGAGGCAAUAG